ACCACCGCCAAAAUUCUCUCUCUAAAAUCGAAGCCGAAGAAGCUCUUCGAACCGGAACGGAAGAUCGCCGAGCAUCGCCGCCGAACAUGGAGGAUCUCGAUCGAGCCCCGGCGGAAGCGGCGAUUGCGAGGCGGACGUCCCUGAAGGCUCGCUCCGGCUUCAACAACUACUCCGCUUGGAAGCACAAGCUCAGGGAAAAUUGCUACCGGAGGGUCCGGGAGGAUCGAGGCCGGCUGCUGUGGAGAAUGAGGUUGCCCGAUUCCGAGCCCUGCACUAGCAAGGAAUUGAUAAAAUCUGCUUUUAGGGACAUUGUCUCUGAUGAAUUGAAGAAAAUAAAAAGUACCUCAGUUACUGACAGUCUGAAAACCGUGCAUGGAGCCCAUGAACCAGAUGAUAUCCUUUGGGAAUACGAUGGGCUUCAUAAUGCUUAUCAAGGUGAUUGUGAAGAGAUAUUGUUGGAAAUGCAAAGGAUAUUUUACGAGGAUCUCGAUUCGGAGCGGAACAGACAAGAGAAAGAAAGCUGUGUUGACAAUUGGGAAGAUGAAGAAGAUGAGCUUUUGGCUUGUGCAGUUUUUGAACACAUGCAGUUGAAUGAGAAUGAGGUAAGCAAGAGGAUUUGGUGCCCAAUCUGCAAGCAAGGAGAGUUGCAAGAGAACCAUAGUCUGAUUUAUUGCACCCUCUGCAAUCUGAAGCUCAACAAAGGCAGUGAGGUUAACUUGGACUUGUUGAGGUUUCGGCUUGCAGAAGCUCACUCGGAACAUCUUGAUCGAGGUUGCAGAUUAAAACCCAACUUUAGUGUUGAGACAAUUAUUGAUCUCACAGCUCUGUAUAUAGUCUGCUCUGGCUGUCAUACAUUUGAGGUUGUCAUUUAGCUUAUUUUCUUGCUAAAGUGUUUCUUUUUAAAUUUAAGGACAAAAUUUUCCUUUGUCUAGAAUUUAUUAAUGUUAUAGAAUUAUUUCAUUGA